AUGGGCCCCUGUACCGCCUCCUCAUGCUGCUGCCAGGCCCGUAAUCUGCCAUGGGCCCCCGUACCGCCUCCUCAUGCUGCUGCCAGGCCCGUAAUCUGCCAUGGGCCCCCGUACCGCCUCCUCAUGCUGCUGCCAGGUCUAGAGUGUGUCAUGGGUCCCUGUACGGCCUCCCAUUGCUGCUGUCUCCAUCGCCACACUCUGCCAUGUGCCACUUUCAGGUCUCCUCACACUGCUGGUGGGUUCCAUUUUUGUCAUAGGGUGCUGUAUGGCCUCCCAUUGCUGCUGCCUCCACCGCCACACUGUGGCUCCACACUCUGGUUUUGGCCCCGUGACUGCCCAAAUGAGUGAAGUGUGCGGUGAUUCUAAGAUCGACGGCACUCAUCUGCAUGUCAUACUGACUGACAGUAUUAUUUCUCUUCCCCAGCAGACUCCAAGGGCAUUUAAAUUAAAGGUACAGUGUUCUGCACUAAUAUAA